CACCAAUAUUUCCUCUUGGGGAUAAAAACAAACAUCUGGCUUCUUUCAUUCAAUGGAUAUGAACUGAAGGUUGUCUGAUCUCUGAUCUGAUCUCUGCACAACCAUGGGGAGCUUCUGACACCAACAGGAAGUGUGAAGAUGCAGUACACCUCGUGCACUGAGGAUCGGAUCCAACAUGCUCUGGAUCGCUGCCUUGAUGGCCUCCGAUCAUCUGAAUUCCCUUUUCAGUCCUGGAAUUCUGGACGGUGUAUGAACCGCUGGAGUUUGGAUGAACUCUUAAGAAGAGAUCCGGAGAACCUCCUCAUCCUCCUGCAGCAGAUUCUCAAAAGAGCAAGACAGGUGCAGGAGGAGUGUGAAUAUGAAUUGUUGGCUCCUCUCACCAACAUGUUCAGGUCGACACUAUUACAGGCUCCAUAUUGUCCAGUAGAAAGUGGUCUCCUGAUGGAAGCUCGAGAAGUGUUCCACAGUUUCCUGACGUGGCCUGAACCGUACAGUACUGUGUGUCACCAUGUUCUAACUACCAUACAGCAGGAACUAAAAGCACCAGGGAUUUCGUACCACCGGCUGGUGAAAGAGGAACAAGGCCUCACCGCUGAGAGUCAGCGUGGCAAAACCAUUACGGUGUUUAUGUUAAACCCGGCUGAUGUUCCUUCAGCGUUUCUCUCUGUAGUGGAGCAGCUCAGCAACACCAGCAUGUCGAAUAGAGACAUCAGUGUUAAUCUGAUUAAACACGCCUUUCAGGCCACUAUGGGCACCAAGUACCCGCUACAAGCUAUAAGCCUGGCACUGCAGUCUCUAAAUGAGAAUGAAUUAUCUCAAACACUCUUGAACGUAUCAGAGCUGAUGGAGACGGCGGCGUCUAUGUCAGACACUAACUCAGCUAGAGCUCAUGUGGAGAAGGGCCUGGAGGAACUGUGGCAAAAACUCAAUAUCCCAGAAUGCAUCAGAGCAAAGUCUGAAGACGGGAUGCUACAGAUCCUGAAGCUACCUACAGCAAAGUGUUACACCAUCCACUGGGACACUGAUAAUUUUGACGUCUUGAAAGAAUUUUUAGAAACAGAUCCUGAAAUCUGCUCCCUCCUGUCUGAAGAACAAACCGAGGUGGAGGAAGUAGACGAAGAGGAAGCUGAUGAGUUAGAAGUGGAAGAAGAAGACGAGGCAGAGGAACGGGAUGAGAUGGACUGUUUGGACCCUCGGGCAUCCAUGUUCUCCACCACGUCCUCUUUGUCCACCGCAUCCAAGGACUCUAUGUUGUCCUCAUCGUCUGAUGUCUCUCCGUUGUCCACCCUGUCGUCGUCUUCUCAGGCAUCGGGAACAGACAGUGACUUCUGCGAAGAUGUGGAGGAAGACUGUAACACUCUGAUGCCAAUGGGCAAAAACAAAAGUGCUGGACUGUCUAAGCGUCUUUCACGUCUGUUUAAACCACGUGGAAACUCUCUGUGUCGUGCCAAGAGCUUAGGAAACACGGACUGUAAAGAUAAAAAGGACCUUUUACCCAAAGUUCGCUCCAAACGAUCCAAUUCAGUGCCUCAGCAAACGCUGGCACUAGGGGGGUUAAUACCGAAUGAUAGUGGUCAAACACAGCUGGUACGUUUCAGGAAGCGGCCGAUACUGAGCAGUAACGAGGAGCAGGAGGACACCGUUCUCAUCAGGGUGAUGGUGUUUGGUGCGGAUUACAUGGCAGGAAAGCUGGCACGGGCGUACAACAGCCUGAGAAUUAAAGAAAAGAUCUUACCACGAUUAACUAGACAUUGUGAGAUCAAAUUCUUCUUUGUUGCCAUCAAAAGAGAUCAGACCGGAAAUGGAGGAGCGAGUCCGUUCUCUGCUAGAAAUAUAUGCUUACAACUUUGCAGCAACAGUUUAGGGCAGGCCAUUUCCUGUUCCCGCAUGACUGUUGAUGUGUUUGAGUACAGUACACAUGAUAUUGCUCACCUGCUAGGCAUGUUGGACCCCUGGUACGAACGAAACAUAAAGUGCCUACUGGACCUGCCACUACAUGGGUUGUGUGAAACAACAUCCAGAUCCGAUUUAGAUGUAGUGGACAAUCAAGUAGAAGGAAAGUUACCCAUCAUGGCCGACCUGCUGCUGUAUUACUGCAGAAAUGCUUCUCGACCCAUUCUGAUACAGCUUUACCAGGCUGAGUUGACGCUGGCUGGAGGAGAAACGAGGACUGAAGUAUUUAUUCACUCACUGGAACUUGGGCACACAGCUGGUACAAGAGCCAUCAUGGCCAUGGGAGCAGCAAGUAAGCGGUUUGGUAUUGAUGGCAAUCGGGAGGCGGUGCCACUCUCCCUGGAGCUAGUCUAUAACCGGGUGUAUAUUAGUGGGCGGAGUCAGAAGUCGAAGGUUGAGAAAGUGUGUACCUCGAUAAAUCUGACUAAGAUGUGCAGGAACCUCGAAGAGCUUGAUCCUAAAAUGGAGUGUCUACAGAUGACAGUGACAGAGGUUUUGAAGAGACAAAACUCCAAAUCUAAAAGAAACUACAACCAGCAACUGAGCACCACUCAGGUGAAGGUGGAUAAGGUUCGAGUGAGCGGUGCUGAUAACACCACAUUUGCAGUGUGUUUGGAUCAGGAUGAGAAGAAGAUUCUGCAGAGUGUAACUCGGUGUGAGGUGUCUGUGUGUUAUAAGACAGACGGAUCCUCUGACUGGUUGAAGAUGAGAACAAUGUACAGUCAGAUUGAACAAGCCUCCUGUUCUUUACUCUGCUUACCCAUUUCCACCUUUAGUGGACCCCAACCCUAAAUCCCAAAACUGCACACAACCAUAACCCGGAUCCAAAAAUUGCACAACACUGGUCCUGAACCCUUAAUUUCUCUAAAUCCCAACCUUGAAUCCCAAAACUGUACAGCCCUAACCCCAACCUGGACCCUAAACCUGAUUCCCAAAAUUGCACAAUGCCGGUUCUCAUACUUUCAGUCCUUACAAACCCUAACUCCCAAAAUCUGCACUGCUCUAACACUGAAUCUACACAUCCAGUGAUGAACUGCUAAACCCUAACCAUGACGCUCCUAAAGGCAACAGCUGAGAUUGUAGGAUGUUCUGACAUAAAGCCUCAAAUCAUUCAAUUCCAAACAUUUAAUCCAUAAAUUACCAAAUGACAAACUUUAAACCUCAAAACAGCAAAUCCCCAAAUCAUGAACAUUUAAACCAUUAAGUACAUUAAAAUCCGAAACACAUCAACUACACCUACACCAUAAAGACAGCAUAACUUAAAAACCUAGUCCUAAUCCUCCUAAUUCCAUCCGUGAUCAAUAAAACCAGAAAACCUCAGCUGUAAACUCUUAAUCCCAAAAGUCUGAACAUUUCAAAUCCAGACAAGAAAUCCCUAAAUAAAAUAAACAAAUGAAAUGAGUACGAAGCUUCAGAUCCUUCCAGUUACAUUUUUGGCAUUUAGCAGACGCUUUUAUCCAAAGCGACUAACAGUACUGUGACAGCAUAUUGUCUAAGCAAUUGAGGGUUAAGGACCUUGCUCAAGGGCCCAACAGUAGCAACCUGGCAGUGGUGGGGCUUGAACCAGCGACCUUUCAAUUACUAGUCCAAUACCUUACCCACUAGGCUACAACUGCCCUCAGGCUGCCCUGUAGCCUCAGGCUACAACUUCCAUGCACUUAAGUCCAAUUUCAUUUCAUUAACAUCAAGCGCUUUAUCCUGGUCAGGGUCACAGCAGGCUCGGUUCCACAGAAAAACACUGGACACAAGGCAGGAUCACCCUUGACCGAGUCCACCCAGACAUUUGCACCAAAAAUAUUGUAGAAUAUUUAAUUUACACCUACUGAGGAUAAACGUAGGUCAUGGAACACAACAUUCAUAAACAAUCCAGUACCAGUUUCACAACCAGUGGAUCUCAGUCCUUUAAUCAGCAGCAGUGGACACAAGCUGGUAUUACUGACUCAACCAAUUAGUUUUUUGUGUUGGUUUUUUUUUUUUUUCACUGCCAACCAGACCUGCUUCAGUCCUGUCACAUCCCAGCUCACAAAUCUACAGAGCUUGCAGCCUGUGUGAAGUGGCCCACAGCUCUGUAGCAUUUGUAAUGCAGGUUAGGAACAUCUCCUCUGCACAUGGACUGUGAAAGGCCCCCAAAUUUCCGAAAGCGUGUCAAAUUUCAUGCACAAUUUACUUCUGCUUGUAAUUUGCUUACUUAACCAGCAGAUGGCGGUGGCGCCAUAUUAAAAAUAAAUCACUUGAACUUGUGUUACUUCAGGGCCAAACUAGAAAUAAAUCACUCAAUAUUGUUGGACUGUUUUUGUAGAGUUUACAUGUGGUAGCAAAACACUGAUUUACAUAAUGAAUAUAAUAUUAUCACAUUAUUAAUAUAAAAAUCUUUUAAAAAGCUUUACUGAGGAUGAAGAAUCUCAGUGUGUGCUUUCUGAUUAGCAACAGCGCUAACUGAACGUCCCAGGUUUUAAAAACACUUUGUAUGUAUUUUGUUUAAAUGUAAAUAUAUUUUCGAUAUAUUUUAGUAUAUUAAAGCGCUGGAGUAUUAGAGAGGUUUUUAUAAAUAAAACUGGCAUAAAUGUAAAUGUAUUAACUGUCAUGAAGAAAGCACAAUAUUUAGCAGUUGUGUUUUAAAGCCUCUCCAAUAACGGUACUUUUUCACUCCUGUGGUGCUUUAAUAGUGUUUGAUUUUUAAAUUAUGUGAUUUUUAAUGUAUAAUAUUUGUUAUUGAGUGUAAAUAUCUAAUAAAAUACUUUAUUAUUAA